GUGACAUCAAAGAAGACAAUUGGGCUGUCGCAUCCAUUCUGAUCGUGAAAGAACUCGCUCUUGCGAGAAGAGGUGCAGGGCAUUCGGAGUCCUGCUUAUGAAGGCAAAAUCCUGCUGACGUCAAAAUCUUAGACUCCCGUGUCACCUGAGGAGGUUCACCUUCCAACCCUUCUCUUCCCAACGGAGGAUUGCUUCUUUGGUGUCGGGACUUGGGAGGCGCGCUCCAGUGCGUAGCCUGGAAGACAAGAGUACUGCCGAGAGUCCGUAGUGCAGCCAUACCACACCCAUAUCGUUAUUCUCCAAGUGUUUCAGCUGAGUGGUUCCUUGAAAAUUUGCACAUCGAUCACAAGCGGGGAUGGAGAAGACCAAAGUCGGAAAUGCAGAACUCUCUGGGAAAGGCACUGGCCAAGGGUGGUGGUGGCUUGGCGCUGGGACGAUUUCACUGGCGUCCGUGGCGGCAUACACCCUCUACAGGAAGCGACGAUCUCUGUCCGCUUGCCAGCCAACGGCCGCAGUGGAGAACGUCUCGGCAUCGGAACCUGACUCCGCACAGCUUCCGCCGCCCAAGCAGCCAGUGUUCCCCGUCUCCCUAGCCAAAGAAAGUGAACACACAGUGCUGAUGCCCUCCAUGCGCAUCGAGCCGCUGCCGACGCCCUUCGACACGGCGUUCAACCGCGACCGGCCGGUGUGCGAUUCUGCGCAGAGCCUGCCGGCCGCUUGUGGCCUGCCGCCGUCUGGGCCAAGCGCCGCCGCCGCCGUUGCGGCGACAGCCCUGUCGGAGCCUGCCCCGGCCUCGGACAUUCCCACCGCCUUUGGCCUCUCCGACCCGGCUCCCAUGGACGACUAUACGUCGUGGAAGUCCGGGUCAGCCGCCAAUUCGGGGCGCGGCACCGGCAGCAGCCGCGCUAAGAGCGAGAAUCUGGACGCGCUGCUGGGCAUGGCAGAUCUGCUGCGCACUCGCGGCGCCGGUGCCACGCAGGAAUGCCUUCCCGACCUGGGCGCGGUGCUCGGCCGCGGCUCCUUCGGCAAGGUCUACAAGGGGAGGUGGAAGGGCGCGAUGGUGGCGGUGAAGAUCAUAGAGCACAGUGCUGACGAGAACAGCAAGAUGGAGAGCUUCCGCGAGAACCUGGUCUCCUCCAACAUCCAGCACCCCAACGUCCUCAUCACUUACAAGGUGAUCACGCUUGGCAAGCAUGGCAAGGUGACGGGCGCGCAGCCGGGCAGCCUCGAUUCGGCGCGCGGCUCGUCCGGCCACACGCCGCAGGUUGCCGGCACCGCGCCCUCUCCGCCGCGCAGCACCGCGGGCGACUUUGAAGAAGUGCAUGAGACCUGGCUGCUGUCGGAGUUCUGUGACAAGGGCAACCUGGACAGGGCAGUGUCGGGCGGCAGAUUCCAUGACAAGUCAACUGGCGCGCCAGAAUUGAUGGCGAUCUAUCGCUGCCUGCUGGACAUUGCCGCUGGCAUGGACUACCUGCACUCGCUCGGUGUUCUGCACGGGGAUUUGAAGGGAGGGAACGUGCUGUUGAAGAGUACUUCCAUGCACGACGACCCCCGCGGCUUUGUGUGCAAGCUUGGUGACUUUGGCCUGUCGCGCGUCCUCGAGAGCAACUCGACCCACGUUUCCACCGGCACAUAUGGCACGGUGUCGUACUGCGCUCCGGAGCUGCUGAAGGACGGCAAGCUGACCAAGUCGGCGGACGUCUACUCCUUUGCCAUGAUGAUGUGGGAGAUCUACACUGGCACGCCCCUCUUCCGCGGACUCAACAGCUCCCAGGCAAGGGCUCUCCCCAUGUUGCAUCUACACAUGGCCUCUUCAUUCCGCAUAUUGCAAGUGUUCUUCAAGGUGCUGAUGGGCUACCGGCCGCCGAUCCCCGCGGACAUGCCCCAGGUCUACAAGGACCUGAUGACCGCCUGCUGGGACGAGGACCCGGCCAACCGCCCGCCCUUCUGCGACAUCGAGCGCUACCUGCGCGCCAUGUACUACAACUCCGGGAAGGGGAAGCCGCGCGACUCGCGCCGCAGCCUUGAGCUCAACCCCUGGGGAUGA